AUGAGCUCCUCAGCUUCAUGGACGCCUACUCCGGCUACAACCAGAUUUUCAUGCAUCCUACGGAUCGUGAGCAUACGGCAUUCAUUACCGACAGAGGGCUUUAACCCGAGCAAGUGCACCUUCGGUGUCUCUUCCGGCAAAUUCCUGGGCUUCAUGAUCAGCCAAAGGGGGAUUGAAGCCAACCCCGAGAAGAUCCGAGUCGCUGCCUUGGCCCGUUUCAUAUCAAAGGCCAUCGACCGGUGCGCCCCUUUCUUCAAAGCUCUCAAAGGGAGCAAACGGCAGGUCGAUUGGACUUCUAAAUGCGACCGAGCGUUCGAAGAUCUGAAAGCCUACAUGAGCAGAGCUCCUAUGCUGUCCACCCCUCUUCUCGGAGCAGUCCUCAUCAUCUAUCUCUCGGUCUCGGCAUUGGCCCUGAGUUCCGUACUCAUCCGUCGACCGAACGACAUUGAGCUCCCCAUCUUUUAUAUGAGCCAUGCAUUAGAGGACGCAGAGCAACGGUACCCCCAACUUGAACAGUUGGCCAACGCUCUCGUCCUCUCUACGCGCAAACUUCGGCCCUACUUUCAGGACGACUAA